GGCUGCAGAACAGUACGGUCACACACUGACAGAAAACAUCGAUAGCAAACGGCUUGUCUGCGGUAAAUUCUGCAAAGCGGCAAGCAGUCACACUCCACACAUCGAAGGUAUUUUUGAACAGCCAGAAACAAUCACACUCUUGUUUGUUAAUAAUACUAGCGCACUCGCGGCCCAAAAUAAAAAACGGUUCGAUCGCGCGACCAUCGACCAGCCAAUUUUUUUGCUGCAAAGCCGACGCCGCCCGAAAAAGUGAAAGUAUUUGCAUGUGAGAGGCAGAAAAGAGUCGCGGAGUGGGUCAGCGAGCAAGAAGAAGAGCCAGCGGCGCAAGAAAAGAGAGGUGGGGGCAGACACAGAAACGGAGAAACAGUGAGGCGAAAAUCGGAAAAGUGCAAUAAAAGAGGCCGCGAAAUCUCAGCUAAAAGGUCAAUCUCGACUCGCGAUUGUUUUAGCCACUAGUUAAGUUGUACAGUACGUCCUGCGUCCGUGCAAUUCAUACGCUAAUACCAAUUUAUAUGUGACCGAAAUCUGAGAGUGUUCAGUGUGCGCGAGAGAGCGAGAUAGCGAGAGCGAGGCCAGCAUGGGUACAACUAAGGAGCGAAGAGAGCAGAGCGAGGGCGACGCCGCCACCACCCACUCGACAACAACAACAACGGUAGCAGCAGGAGUUACUACUACGCCAGCAACAAAAGCAGCAACCACAGCAGCAGACACGAGCACGACGAAUGCCGCCAAAAAGAUUCGCCGCACCUUCUCCAUGCCACGCAAUCCCUUCCGUUGGACGCGUAAGUUCAGAACGGCAGCGGCCGUUACGUCGUCCUCGGGAGCGGAAAAGGAUAACGGAAGCGGCAAGGAUAACGGGGGCAGGGAGCGGCGUGGCAGCCACACGGCCAUCUCAUCCUGCGUGGGCGGGGGGCGUGGCAGGAGCGGGAGCAUUGUGUCCCUCAGCAGCUACGAGGCUCCCUUCACUUCGUCCACCAGCAACCACAACAAUACGGCCAACAACAACCCAACCACCGCCAGCAAUGGAAACAACAACAACAGCAGUAGUAACAACAACAGCAAGCGCACACGUGCUCUGCGCCGUUCGUCCUUCAGGAAGUUUCUCAACCGGAUCGCCCAGCACCUGAGUUCGACGGUAAAUGUCGUGGCGAACAAACAUGGACAGCCAUCGGGCCCGGGAUCUUCGGCGGGCGGCGGAGGAGGAGGACCAGGCGGCGGCGAGCGUGUUCCCCCCAUCGGAGGCUAUCAGUGGCCGGCGGAUCAGACUCCAGGUGUAAUGGGCCUGAAGAACCACGGAAACACUUGCUUUAUGAACGCGGUGCUGCAGUGCCUCAGUCACACAGACAUCCUGGCCGAGUACUUUGUGUUGGAUCAGUACAAGGCUGACCUGAAGCGACGCAACAAGAUCAACUCGCGAAAGUUCGGAACGAAGGGAGAGCUCACCGAGCAGCUGGCCAACGUGCUGAAGGCGCUGUGGACCUGCAAGAACGAGAGUGACCACAGCACCAGCUUUAAGGCAGUGGUAGAUCGGUACGGAACGCAGUUCCGCAGCUCGACGCAACACGAUGCCCAGGAGUUUCUUUUUUGGCUGCUCGACAAGGUGCACGAGGACCUCAACACAGCCAGCAAGCGGCGCUACAAGAGCCUCAAGAACUCGUAUGGCCGUUCGGACGAGGUGAUCGCCGCCGAGACGCUGGCCAACCAUAUCCGGUGCAACAACAGCUUCGUCCAGGCCGUGUUCCAGGCCCAGUUCCGCUCAUCGCUUACCUGCCCGCGCUGCGAAAAGCAGUCAAACACCUUCGACCCCUUCCACUGCAUCUCCGUGCAGCUGCCGCAGCUCACCCAGCAGACGAUAUUCGUCACGGUAGUCUACAUGAAGCAGCUCCCACGGCAGGUAAAGAUGGGCUUGCGAGUCCCAGCCGGAUCCCCGAUAGUAGCGCUUCGCGAGCAGCUCCAGGCGGACACGGGCAUCGAGGGAUCGCGAAUGGUCCUGGUUGACUUAAACGCCGAAGGAUUCACGCGCGUUUUUUACGACACACAACCCGUGGAGACGCUAUCUAGCAUUGAAACCAUUUACUGCAUCGAGGUGCCGGAGGCAACUCCUGUUCCCAAGGCUGCUACUCCUCCAGAGACGGGGGACAAGGCUGCUCCAACAGUAGCGGCCUCUGCUCCUGCAGCAGCUCAAUCGCAGGCGGACCUGUUGCUCCUAGUGGCCAACGUAUACCGAGCGAAGGAUGGCGCGGACAUAACCCGCUUUGGAGCCCCCUUCAGCAUGAAGGCACCGCGGGACUGCUCAUACCAGGAUCUGCAGAAACGAAUGCUCCGCGAAAUGGCGCCGCUGCUGAAGCCAGAGGUGUUCUCCUAUGCCACGCCACUGUCCGAGAUGUUCCGCAUUCGGCUGCAAGAUCCUUCCGCAGACCCUGAUACCUAUUUGGAGCAGGUGGAGCACCCGCUGCUUACCGAGAUGAUCGACAUGGCGCUUUCCGUGCUGUCCUCCGAGGCAGGACCCCAGCAUAUAAAGCUUCUUCUGGAGUGGAGUUCACCCGAGGCACACUUUAUCAGUAAACAGCAGGACACGGAAGAAGCCGUCGUGGAACACGAAAGCGUUGCGCGUCUGAGUGCCAGCAAGCCGAGCGACACAGCCUCGCUGACUUUGGAACAGUGCCUGGAGCACUAUACCAAGGCAGAGACUCUGAGUGCCGAGGAUGCCUGGCGCUGUCCACACUGCCAGCAAUACCUUCCAGUAGUGAAGACGCUGGGUUUGUGGUCACUUCCCGACAUCCUGGUGGUGCAUUUCAAGCGUUUCCGGCAACAUCAAUCUAAGGGUCCGCAAGCGGCCAAGCUGACAACAAUGGUCAAAUUUCCGUUGACCGCCUUCGACAUGUCACCGCACUUGGCACGCGGCGUGCAUGAAAGCGCCAGCAGCUCGCUGGGUAUGGGACUGGGACUUGGGCUCGGUCUGGGCUCAAAUCCCUGGAAGAAGGCUCGUUCCGGUGACUCGCGCACCUCCACUCUUAACUCGCGCUGCGACGCUAAGGACACGCGGUACGACCUUUACGCCGUAUGCUACCAUCAGGGAGAUACUUUGGAAACAGGUCAUUAUACGGCCGCCUGCAAGAAUCCCUACGACCGUCAGUGGUAUAAGUUUGACGACCAGCGAGUAAGCAAGGUGCCAGAGGACGACAUUGAGCAGGACAUCAUCAAUAACGAGGCCUACAUGCUCUUCUAUCAGCGACGCAGUGUAGAUGCAGGCGAGUGUUCCGGUUCCAGUUCGAACUCCGGAGAUCACUGGGUAUCGCGAAUUGCCCCAGCACCGUCAUCGUCCGCCUCAUCGACGUCAGGAAAGGAUAAGGAGCCGGUUAAGUUGGAGGAAACCAGCGAAACUCCGGCGGCAGCCGUGGCGGAGAAGGCCCAGUCCAAGCCGGUGGACAUACCCAUAAUUUGCCAAGAGAAGGCGAAAGUUACUGAAGAAUGCCCAGAAGCUGCUCAAGAAAAGACAUCGAUUCCACGUGAUCUACAUAUUGAGGAACUGGCAUAUGCCGAUGCAGAUGUAGACACCAGUUUAAGUGAGACCAGCAAGGCGGAGGCAAAUGUAGAAGCUAUGGAUGAACCUCGAAAGGUGGAUGUAGAGGAAGCCACGCCUAUAUUUACAAUGGAUGAAGAUUGCCCAGAACCUGGACAGGAGAAGAAGGAGGAAUCCGUUAAAAAGGAAGACGAACCCUCCGAAGCCCCAGACGUGAGCGAACCAACCGCCGAGCCCAAGACCAAUGGCCAUGUGAGCUCUUCGUCCAGCUCUUCGUCCUCGGAAAGCUCGCUCUCGUCACGCUCCUCGCCGCGAUCUUUGAGUACUUCAGUGACAGCUGCAUCUACUCUGCAGAGCAAGUUCAACGGCCACAUGAGCGCCGCUCCAGCUCUUUUCAAUGGAAAUGGAAAUACGCAGCUCUCGUCCAGCUUGCAACUAUCCCGACAUGUACUGCACAACCAUCAGUGGCACGGAUCAAGGAGCAGCGUGUCAGCAGUAGAGAAUGCUACGCACCAUCAACAGCAGCAAGCGGCAGCCAGUCUAAGCCUUCGGCAUUCGUUUUCCACAAGUUCAAAUUACACGGAGACACUAUCAUCCUUGCUACGCAAGUCUGCAAACACAUGCAGCAAGGACACACUGCUGUUUAUUGACCAACAGAGUCACCAUCAUACAGCCGGACUGAUCGAAGAUGACGAUGAUUCGUACAUGGGCAGGUCCCUUUGGAUAUCGCCCGUGACGCCACACAAACUCAUCACUGUUUCGCCCAAGAAUUAGAUGCGAUAUUAUGAUCCAUUUGGAUUGUAGAGUAAGGAAACCCGAUAAUGAAAGCGAAGCCGAAACAAGAAUAUACAAAAACGCACUAUAGCCAUAAGCCUAAGGUUUACUUUAUAUGAUAUUUCUUAACCGGAGCUCCCGAGCGAUAAGCAAAACGCAUUAUGAAGAUGUUAUACAACUUUGUUUACUUUAAGAUACGUACUCAUAUAUACGAUACUUGCAAUACUGCAUACGUUUGAAAGUUUGAUAAAACUUGAUUAGAAUCUAUAAGCAUUAGACUAUUUAUUCGACAGCAAUUCAAAGCCAAUGACGAGGAUUAGUUCUUUAUAUUUUACCGAAUUGACGAAGAUUUUUUAACCUAACGACUACCGAUAUUUAUGUAGCCAAACAAUGAAGUACAAUUUGAUUUGAUUUAGUUCUCCGUUCAACCUAUAAACCUUCUUGUAUAGUUCCCUAACGAUGAAGUGCUUGGCAUGCCUAAGUUUAGCUUUUUGUACAUGAAACCAAGUUUCAGACUAAAUUUAUGCGCAUAGAUAUAAAUGUAAGGACACGUAUUCUCUUUAAUUACAAUUACUUUGAAUUCUACAUUAAUCUAUCUGAUUGUAACUUUUCCACAACCAUAAAUUUCUGGCACAACUGCAUAUGAUUCUUUCGAUUCGUUGUCGGGCUACGUUUUGUGAAUCGUUUAUAAUGCGGAUCUAUAUACAAACAUAUAUAUUACUUUAUAAAUAAUGUAUUCUAUAUGUAGACGAAAGCAUUACACCAAAACAUUAUACUGAUAAAAAAUGUUUAAGGACUCUACCACAUUGUUUUCUGGAGAGGAAGAACUUUAUUGCGGUGUAAAAUGUUCAUUGUAUUCAUAAAUAAACGUGAAGUUGUUGAAUAUGAAGUAUGAUUUGGAAGUGAACUAAUAAAAAUGUAAAAAAUA